AUGCAGCUCAACAGAAAAACGAGUGCUGUAGACGUGUCCACCAGCACGGUAGAAAACGAUGACCACAGAAGGAAACUGAGGUCGAGCAGUCAUAGUAAAAAAAGCACGAGUUCGCCCCUACGUCACGACGCGAAUAAAAGCCGGGUGGUCAGUGCUGUGCUGAAGACGAAGAGCCGCUCAGAGAGGAAUCUCGUGGAAAACAUCGAAGACAUGGACCGCUCGUCGCCCAGCGGACAAAGCCAAAGCGACCACAGCGAACACGACUCCGACAUCCAGAAACCCAACACCAGACCCAAACCGCCUGAAUCCCUAAAAACGGGAAACGGGACCCAAAACCGAGUCGGGAUCGAAGCCAGACCCGCGAAGACGAACACCGUCCAGCAAGCAGUCACCUACUACCACUACCCUCGACCAGACCCUUCGCAGCCCUCUCCCCAGAACCACCUGGCGUCCCACCUGCUCGGCAUGGGGAACACUGACCUCGACGACGGCGUUCUAGCGCCCCCUGCUGGCUUCGCUGACACCGGAAGCGACUCGGAGGACAGUGAUAGCGGGCUCAGUGGCGUGAGCGGAGGACACCAGCGGACGAGUCCCUUGCAGCACGCUCAGUCCGAGGAUAAUAUCCUAGGGAACGAUCCUGAACAGGUUACGGAGGAGCAGUUCCGCAGUUGGGAGUAUCUUCUGGCCCGCAACGCCAAGCUCCUCUUCAUGCGUGAACUGGACACCCUGACCCGGUCGAAUUCACGCUGUAGUCCCCUUCCGACCGCGUCCGCUCCCGACCUGGUCACGGCGUCGACUGCGGAACCCGACGCGACCACUCACUUCCAGCGCAACCCCAUCCGCAAGUCCCGCUUGGGUCGAGGAACCUUCCGUCUCAUCCAGAGCAAAUUGAGUGCCACGACGAGUAAAUUUAGCACCUUGCAACGAUUUAGAAGCAACGCCUCCAAAAACGAGAGUAAUUUCCGCCGAUUUGGGAGCUUACAGAAUCUCAAGUACUAUCAACAGAACCGCCCGAGACCUCUCAUUACCCGUUAG